AUUCCAAUUUCUUGUGGCGGAUUGGCGACCGUCUACAUUCUCAUCACCUUCUCUGGAGCUUGAUCCUACUCUCACUCUUCGCUCCAAGGUUCGGCUUUCUGAUGCCCCAACAGCUUCUUUCUUGCGGUCCAUUUGCCUGUUCUUUUGUGAGUGGAGAAUUUUUUGCAAACAGCUUGGGAUGUUGUGGAGGCUGGUGUAACAGAGGAAGCAUCCAGUAGUGGUGCUACCUGAUAUAAAGUAUUGAAGAGCCAAUAUACGAGUUCUAUGGUAGGAGCCGCUCUGGUUGGAGCUAGCAUGGCAGCUGUUAGCCUCACAGGGCCUCCUUGUAGAUGUUCAAGCUUAGAAACAGCUGCCGCGGGAGUGGUAGUAGCAAGGAAGCAAGGACAUUCUUGCUGUAAAAGCCAUAAGAAGACCAUUAAACAGGCGCAUUUGUACAGCGAAAUGACUCACGCAUGGCAGGAUUCACGGCUAAGUGCACGGGUUUUGUUCCAUUUGAUUCCGUGCUCUGCUAGCGGUCAUCACGCACCCGUGGUCGUCGAUGACCUUGGUGGCCAGUAUGAGGACACGUUUGAUGACGUUGAGAAACACUUGCUCGAUUACUUUACUUUCAAAGGCGUCAAAACAGUCCUGGCACAGCUUUCGGAGAUGAACCCAACUGAGUACGCUUGGUUUUACAAUUUUGUAGUUAGCAACAAACCCCAAGACAGCAAGCUCUUCCUUCGAUCGCUAGUUAAAGAAAGACAAGAACUGGGCGAAAGGGUAAUGGUGACUCGUUUACACCUCUUUAACAAAUGGGUCAAGAAAUACAAUCAUGUACAAAUGCACGAGGCGAUAUCAAACCAAAACUUGGAGUUGCUGCGAGAAAGACUAAUGCAAACAGUGAAGCUACCUUCCGACGGUGAAAAUAUUGAUAGGCCUCCAUUGCGAGGAUCGGACUAACUCUUUUCCUCCAAAUCGUCUUCUCCUGAAUAUCACUUUUGCUAGAGGGGGGGUUGCUGAUUCACGUCUUGAAUGCAUGAUCUGAUAUUGGAUUAAUAUCGAGGUUGGAAUCUGCAAUGAUAUCUUGCAUUCAAAACGUUAUGCAUCGACAAUCGUCUAGUGCUCAUUGCGUCUCAGGGGUUUUCUCCCAUCUCCCAGAUUUGUUCCGUCAUGCUGCUGGCAUUGCUUUUCUGGCUUUGUAGUUUGAGCAGCUAAGGCUGGGGAUAUCAGUCAUGAUUAUUCAAAUUGGUUGGAGGAUGUUUCAGAUCACUUGAUUCUGCUGGUCCUGGGGACGUUGUUAUGCUAAGCCUGUACUCUUAAACUCCACAUUGGAAUUGAAAGAUUACUUUGUUA